CUUAGCUGCGAACUACAAUUCCCGACGUUCGCUAUGAAGGACAGUGGGUAGGAAGAGCCCCCGGGAGCUCUGUCCGGGGUUCCAAGACUCCCCAGUGACAGCAGCGGCAGGAAGCAGGCGGGCGUUCAGCCGGCGCUAGGCCUAUUCUCUGAAGGGAGUGCGCUGGACAUUUCCCUGCGUAACUCCCAUCUCUGGGCCCAGAGUCUGUGCAUGGCAGACUCCCCAGGGAACUCUACCCUGGAGGAAAUUCUGGGGCAAUAUCAACGGAGUCUCAGGGAACGGGCCAGCAGAAGCAUUCACCAACUGAAAUGUGCCCUGAGAGAAGGUGAUGUCACCAUUGAAGAAGAAGCACUGGAUCCUUCCUUUAGCACCAAUGUAGGAAAUGAGGACCCUGAGAUAGCCUGGCAUGAACUGCAACAUAGCCAUGCCGUUAAACAGCUCAAAGCUAUGUUGCAUCAGCAAGCAAGUAAGGAAAAUGAGAUAUCUCCAUCAAGAAAACAAAAAAUACCCCCUUUGAGAUCAUCAGAAUAUGAGGAAACUAAUAUGCCUAUUGUACACAACCUUGUUCCUAUCAUUAAUGACCAAUCUCAAUACAUUCAUCAUUUAGAGGCUGAAGUCAAGUUUUGCAAGGAGGAACUCUCUGGAAUGAAAAAUAAGGUACAAGUAGUUGAGCUUGAAAAUGAAAGACUCCAGCAAGAAAGACUCCAGCUGAAAUCUCAAAGACAAGAGGAGACAAUGAGGGAACAAACAUUUCUGGAUGCAUCUGGAAACAUGCAGAAUUCUUGGGUUACAACAGGUGAUGAUUCCAGGGUAAAUGAAGCUGCCAAGAAACCAUUUUUCCAUGAUGAUGCAGAUAUUGGCAAAGCUACAACUAUUGGAGAGGCUGAAAAAUGGAAGCUAGAACUAGAGGGGUUAAAACUUACAUAUGAGGCAAAGAGUGAAAUCCUGGAAUCUCAAUUGACAUUUUUGAGACAUUCUAAAAAUUACUCCACCUCCUUUGGGCUGCUUGAGAGUCCCCAAAUCUCAAGAGUUGAAGACGUAUAUUUCAGCCGGGAGGAAUGGUUGUUGGCGUUUCCUCUGCAACAGAAAGACUUAGCUGAAUAUCAGAAAAACUGUGAAGAUCUUAGAGAGCGAUUAAAACAUAAAGAGUCUCUUCUUGCUGCUAAUAUUUCCAGCCAUGUUGGAGGCCUUUGUUUGAAGUGUGCUCAGCAUGAAGCUGUUCUUUCCCAAACUCAUAAUAACGUACAUAUCCAAACCAUCGAAAGACUUUCUAAAGAAAGAGAUGACUUAAUGUCUGCACUAGUUUCUGUAAGGAACAGCUUGGGAGAUAUGCAGCAAAGAGAAACAAGUGCCUAUGAACAAGUUAAACAAGCUGUGCAUAUGACUGAAGAAGCCAAUUUUGAAAAGACCAAGGCUCUAAUCCAGUGUGAGCAGUUGAAGAAUGAACUGGAAAGGCAGACAGAAAGGCUUGAAAAAGAACUUGCAUCUCAGCAGGAGAAAAGGGCCUUUGAGAAAGAGGUGAUGAAAAAAGAAAUAACGAAAGAAAGGGAGGACAUGGAAUCAAAGAUGUUGAUCCUGUCUCAGAAUAUUGCCCAACUUGAGGCCCAGGUGGAAAAAAUUACAAGAGAGAAGAUUUCAGCUAUUAAUCAACUAGAAGAAAUUCAAACCCAGUUUGCUUCUCAGGAAAUGGAUGCCACCAAGGUGUGUGGAGAAAUGCGUUUUCAGUUGAAUAAAACCAAAAUGGAAAAAGAUGAGGCAGAAAAGGAGCACAGAGAGUACAGAGCAAAAACUAAAAGGGAUCUUGAAAUUAAAGAUCAGGAAAUAGAGAAAUUGAGACUAGAACUGAGUGAAAGCAAGCAGCACAUGGAACAGGAGCAGCAGAAGGCAGCCCGGGCCAGAGAGGAGUGCCUGAAACUAACAGAACUGCUGGGCGAAUCUGAGCACCAACUGCACCUCACCAGCAAAUCAGACCAUGGAAGUGAUCAAAUUACCAGCACACUCUCAAUGAAUGACAUUGUGAAGCAGGGAUCCAGACUGGAAAAAGAUAGCAUUCAGCAAAGCUUCAGCAACGAAGCAAAGGCCCAAGCCCUUCAGGCCCAGCAAAGAGAGCAGGAGCUGACACAGAAGAUACAGCAAAUGGAGGCCCAGCAUGACAAAACUGAAAAUGAACAGUAUUCAUUGCUGACCUCCCAGAAUACAUUUUUGACAAAGUUAAAGGAAGAAUGCUGUACAUUAGCCAAGAAACUGGAACAAAUCUCUCAAAAAAGCAGAUCUGAAAUAGCUCAACUCAGUCAAGAAAAAAAAUAUACAUACGACAAACUAGAAAAGUUACAGAGAAGAAAUAAUGAAUUGGAGGAACAGUGUGUCCAGCAUGGGAUAGUACAUGAGACAAUGAAGCAGAGCCUGUCUCACGGGGGCCAGAUUCCAAGGAGACAGCCCAUGCACUCACAGGCCAGGAGAGCCAGGAUUUCAACAGUGUCAACAAUCUUUGCUCAUCAUACCAAAAAAGCCCUGUGUCGGUGCCGACUCAUUAGCAUACAGCCGUGCUGUGCUUGCUAACAAAGCAGGCUCAGUAUCUGCUAGUUUCUCAGCUUGUCUGUCUUCCUUGACCGAAAAAGAAGAGAAAAGCUGAGGCUAGGAUGCUGUCCCCCUCCAGCAGAAGAAACUAUCACAAGGAUUCCCAGAGAGAGUGCUUUGAAAUGGUUUUAGGUUAGCAUUCUUUCAGAAAAAUGUGACCAUCUAUCCUUUGUUUUUUUAAUCUUGUUUUAAAUCAACAGGCAAAACAAAAAAUCGACAUGUUGUCUAUUUAAAAAUGAUUGAGCCUUGAAUAAUUCCUGGUCAUUCCUUUAAUAGUUUUGUUUUUUAGAGUGCUUAAAAAGAACUGUCCGUCUAGGCAGGGGUAGACUAGCAUGCCCUCUCUCAGGCUGUCUCUCUAACCCUCUUUUGUUGGGGGAUGGAGGGAAGAAGAAACGUACAAGCAGAUGUGCUGCUAGAUCUACAGGCUUCUGCCAACCAUAUGGCAUCUUAAAGAAAGAUGGUUGGAGCGUCUGGAUUAGCAAAGAGUCGGGAUGGGAAGCCAUGUGUCGUGUUGGUACAGGCAGUUGUUUGAGCUCUCUCUAAAUGGCUUCAGGAGAUUGUGUAAUGGAACAAAUGGUCCUGCGAGCCCAGGAACAGCCUUGCCGCUGCUGGAGAGGCAAUUGGCCCUCAGGCGGGUACUGCUUCCCUUUUUUCCCCAGUAUUAUGUAUUCUUCUUUUAACAUUCUUCAAACUCUAUGAAUUGACUAGAACUUUUCAACUUAUAAUUACACACAUUCUCCCAGCCUCUAGGUCUGCCUGAAUUCUCCUCUCUCACCCUAAUUUGGUAAUUAAUAAUGCUGCCAUCAUCCUGGUGUUCUCUCCCCUUGGUCCGCCACAGUGGGGUACAUAGAUAUGAUGCAUCAAUUUUCAGUCCCUCUUGACAAUUACCUUCUUCGGGAGUUUAUCUGGCUAUCAGGGUGUGGAAAGAUGUAUCUUCUUCCCACCACAAUUCUCAGAAACCCUAGGAAAUGGAAAAUCUGAGGGUUUUAUGUGGUCUCAGGUGCUGAGCAUAUGAAAGAUGUGUUCCCUUGCAGUUUUGGUCCUUGUGUGGCAUUUAAAAUACAUGAAAUUAAUUCCAUAUUAGUGAACUCAUUGAACUAUUAGAUCCCACUUCUCAUUUAUUCAGCAGUUUGAAACCUUGGGGAUCUACUCUCUAAUCCAAAACUUAAAUAGAGCUUUAAGAAGUGAGACACUUUGAUACUGGCAACACAUAGCAGUAUUUCAACUAUGUUCAAGUUCUCAGGUCAUUGUUUCCUCUGGGAACUCAGAGGCAGGAGAAGCCCAAGACCCUCUAGCUAGAGAAAAUCUGGUGCAUGUGUUCUGAUGGGUUCUUAGCCAAGAUCUUUGGACAUUUCAGGGCAUACAGAAUUAUUUGUUGUAGUUUCAGGGUUACUGCACUUGAAGUGCCCUGGCUUGAGCUACUAGAAAAGUUAAGUCCACUUCCUCACUGGGAAUGGAUAACUAAACUCUGAGGCUGCAGGUGUAUCAUGAAUCAUGGUUGAUGGAAGGUAAAAUGGGUAGUUUAUUAAUCAAAGAAACAAUAUAUCUGGCCAAAUCAUCAAACAAGUUUGCAUUAAGUGAACUACAUGGGUCAUUCCCUGGUUUAUGCUGCACACUAGGGAGCAGAAUGCACUGAAUCUUGACACCUCCUGUUAUUUCUGAGUCACCACCUCCUUUUUCACACGUAGUGAUCCUAACUGAACAGGUGCCUCAAAAUGAAAUCAAGUAGGAAGUAAAGUAUUCAGGUUAAAAACGAAUAACCUGUGAUCCACUGUUGGAAAUAGGAAGAAAUGGUGUCUAUUACAACUUCUCUCAAUGCAACUUGGAGCAAUGAAAAUAAUUCUUACAUAUUUGCUAUGUAACAAUGCUGCAAAGCCCUCCUCUAAAUAAAUAAAUAAAUAAACAAAUAAAUAAAUAAAACAAAAGAAAGAAAGAAAAAAAGGAAAAGAAACCUAAGGAAUGUGUGACUGGGCUCCAGUAGGAGAAAAGGGCACAGUCUAGAAAUCUGAAGGUGUCUUCAGAGUGUCAUGAUUUUUAUGUACUUGUGGCUCAGCCAAACAAAUUCUACUCUCUUAAAUAAGGUCACCUUAAAAUCAUUUGCAGACUCUUACCAACUUCUCAGGUCAUUGUUAUUUGUGAAGGAUAAAAUGUCAUUUAGAAAUUUCAGAUAGUAUACUAUUUCACUUUUAUGAAUACUUUGUAUUUAAAAUUCUAUUCUUACAUACACAGGUUUAAAACACUUUUUUUGUUCAGAGCUCAUUGCAUGCUGAACACAUUAGGUGUUAAGGAUAUUCAUACUUUGUCUUCUGAGUUUAGGAUCUGUGAGGGGGUCCAUGAAAGCAUAAUUUUUAUUGUUACUUACCAACUUGAAGAGAUUUGCCACUUUAAUCCCUUUUACCUUCCAAAUGUACAUGGUCCCAAAUUUGUCAGCCUGGAGUUUCUUGAAACAAUGCAAUUAAACUGCAACAUAUUUCCUAACAUUCUUAAUUAAGACAGUGACUGAAAAAUGUAGAUUAACAGAAGUUACUGUUUUUAUCAACAUAUUUUCUCUCUUUCCCACCACCCUCACAUCUCCCUCCCCCCCACUCCUUUUUGCUUUAAAUGUCUGAUGUCAGUUUGGUCCACAUGUACAUUAUGCACAUGGCACUGAAGAAACAAAGUAAAAAAUUCUCUUUUAAUUCUGAGCUGCAUGCCCAGCGCCACAUGCACUGUCUGUUACAUGUCGCUUCUUAUGAGGUUCAUGCUGGGAGUUUCUUUUUAAAGGCAAAGUGUUUCUGAAGGAAAGAGUUCAGGUUGGGCAGAUUGUGUUAGAGAAAUCUCACUGUCUCUGAGUGGAAUUAAUAUACUGAUUAUUCUGUGCAGGCUCGAACUGGCAGCGUGUACAAAAGUUCAAGUGUCUGGGAAUUGAAAUAUGGAGGAGAAUUCGGGAGAAUGAGCAGAGACAAAGAAUUGGAAGUAGGACUUAGAAGUGAAAAUAAUGGUAACUUUGUAAAGAGGGGGAGCAAAAUCAAGAAUGAACAAUUGUGUCAUAAAGCAGUACUCACUGAAAUAUUUUUAUGGUAUCAGAAGUCCUGUUUUCCAUGGCACAUAAGAUUGAUCUUAAAAAAUCAGUGUAGUUAUUGGAUGGGAAGUGGGAAGGGGGGCAUACACAGCACCUUUUUAUUUUCACUUCUUUGAGUUCUUAUGAUACUUGCCAAUUUCAAUUAAGUCACUUGAGAAGCUUAAUCACCACAUAGAAAUUAAAACGGGUUGUAAUAUUUCUUUGGCCUAUUAGCCAAGAUUUUUUUCCCUGUUUAAUUAAAAUGUGGGUCUUGUAUGAUUAUCAACAAACAAUGAUUCAUUUAUUUGUUUACAAGUAAGGAAUUAAAAAGUAAGAAAAACAAAUAAAAUCAUGCAGCACCUCUCUUGUCA